CCUAGAUGCCACAGCCAGUGAGUAGUAUUACAGCCAGCACCGAUCUCCUGUUAUCUUUCCUUGAAACACUGCACUGGCGUACAGGGAUUAUGCUGAUCUCGAUCGAGAUGUGUUUUUGCAUGCUUAAGUCGCAUUUCAGGCGUUAACAGGCUCGAUCCGGGUUGCGAUUCAACCUACAGGAAGACAGAUUUCACCUCCAUGGAGCUCAACAUACGGCGUUUUGUUCCUCAGUUUGAUUGUUUUGGUCAAAAGGGGCUGAGUCACGUUACUUCCUGGUUUAAGCGCACUGAGGGGCUGGAGUGACUGCGUGGCUAAAAGAGAGCGAGAGAGAAAAAAAUAGCUGACACGUGGAUUAGCAGUAAUCAGGAAAAGCGAGAAUUACUCGUCCGGCAUCUCAGGCAGCAGAUGAAACUGUCCAAGUGUAUGUUUUUGCGCUCCACGACUCAAGAGAGGCUGAGAAGCCAUUCAGAGAUGAUGUUAGUGCGAUAUAAACGCGAGCCACAGACUACUUUAACGCCUUUUUGUCUUCUCGCACUGACGAACUGAACUCGACACACCUCAGGAAGAAAGGCUCACCUCAUACAUAGGCACAAGGGCAACUUCUUGUUGAAUGGCAAUUCUACAAAAACAUGGCAAGAACUCCAGUCCAGACCUGGCCAGUGUUAAAGACAGUCCGGCGGAUAAUUUCGAAGGAGUUGGACAUCAGAAAAAGUGGCCCGAGUCAAGUCAGAACUGGUCCAGGCCGGUAGCGCGGAUAUGGACAGUGGUGCUGCUGUUGGGAACAUGUCUGCUGUACUGCGCCCGCGUGGCCAUGCCCAUCUGUGCCGUGAGCAUGGCAGAGCGCUUCAGCUGGUCCAAGAGGGAGUCAGGCAUGGUGCUGGGCAGCUUCUUCUGGGGCUACUGCUUCACUCAGGUCCUCGGUGGCUACAUCAGUGACAGGGUGGGAGGAGAAAAAGUGAUGUUGCUGUCAGCUACAGCAUGGGGAGCCAUGACAGCAUUCACGCCCAUCCUGGCCCACUUCUGCUCGCAGCCCAUCGUCUCCAUGACCGUGUCCCGCUUCCUCAUGGGCCUCCUGCAGGGUGUUCACUACCCGUCUCUGGCUAGUCUGUGCUCUCAGAAAGUGGUGGAGAGUGAGCGCGGUUUCCUCAUGAGCACUGUAGGGAGUGGCUCGUAUCUGGGGACGUUGGUGAUUGGAGGAGUAGGCUCGCUCAUGCUGGAUCUGUAUGGCUGGGAGAGUGUGUUCUACGUCUCCGGCCUCCUGUCAGUUCUUUGGGCCUACUGUAUGUGGAAAUACCUGCUCAAAGGAGAAGGUCCCAUCAUUACACUGGAAUCACUGGGCAGCGCUGGAACUCAGUCCAAACUGUCCCGAAGAAACUGGCUGCGUCUCUUCAGACAACCAGCUGUGUGUGCGGUCAUUAUUACACACCUGUGCACCGCUAGCACCUUCUUCACCCUGUUGUCAUGGCUGCCGACUUUUUUCAAGGACACCUUCCCUGAUUCCAAGGGUUGGAUAUUUAAUGUGAUCCCAUGGCUUGUGGCCAUUCCCUCCUCACUAUUCAGUGGCUGCCUGUCUGAUCACCUCAUCAGUCAGGGGUUUGAUAUUGCUUCAGUGAGAAAGUUAAUGCAGUUCUUUUCUAUGGGAGUAUCCAGUGUGUUCACACUGUGUCUAUGUGGCACCACUACGUUCCCCAUGGCUGUGGCCUUUGUGUCUGCUACUAUGGGCCUGACCACCUUCAGUCACAGUGGCGUAUCCGUUAAUGUUCAGGAUCUUGCACCAUCCUGUGCCGGUGCUCUAUUUGGUGUGAUGAACACUUGUGGUGCAUUUUCAGGGGUGAUCAUGGUGUAUUUCUCGGGCUAUCUGAUCGAGACCACAGGGUCGUGGGCGUCGGUUUUCGCCCUCAUCACCGUAGUGAACCUCUUGGGAUUAGGAAUGUUCCUGACGUAUGCCGAGGCACGCAGGGUCGACAUCGAAGCCAUGAAGGGACGCUAUCACAACAUACAUAUCUGAGCAAACAGAAACUGAACAAAAUCCGUUUUAAAGGACGUGUCCUGCAGACUGAGACACUACGGAUUUUGGAAGGACAGUCUGCACUAGAAUUUCCAUCCCCACUGUCACCCCUUUGGCGGGAUCCGGCAGCAGUUUGGCUUUAUAGGUUCAGAAGCCAGCUCCACCAGUAUUUCAGUAUUAGCUUUUCUUCUCCAGUGUCUCACAGUUCUGAUGGGACAAGUUACUGAAAAUACGAAGAUGGCUGUAGUAGUGUAGCCUAAUAUGAAGUAAAGUAAUAUACAAAGACUGAAAACUAAAUAUAAUGACUACACAUUUUGUUGAGUGUAAAGAUGCGUAGCCUUUGUCUUCUGUUUCAUUCAUUCCAUCAUCCGUUCUGUAAUUGUUGUUGAGCAGCUUGGCUUGACAAAACUCAGGCAUCAUCAUCAUUGCGAUCAUUAAUGAUCAUUAUUGUCUAUGGAGGAUUUUUUUUUCCACCAUGUUUUCCAUUGCUCUUGCUUACCAUUUGCAUCCAUUUUCAUUUAAUUCAGUGGAUGAAGACUAAAGGCCAAAGAUAAACAAAGUUGUUGAUAAUUUUUCAAUUCAUAUCAUAUUAUGAAUAUUGCAUGAUGUCCAGACCCUAAAUCAUUCCCAUGUUUAACAUUUCAUGAUACACAUCUCAUGCUUUGUUCUUCAAUCAAGUACCAAAGCCUUUACAAGCUGCUUUUGCGAGGUAGUUGAUGUUUGCAACAAAGUUGAGCACUUACCGAUGAGGUUUGAUGUUUCUAGGAAAGAAGCAGCUCUCCCUAGCCUUAUAGCACUGUGUGGAUAGAGAGACAGAGUUGUUCUAGUAGGACAGGAAGUGAGGUUACAGUUAAGGAAAAGUGGCAACAAGUGAACAGUGGAUGUUUUAACAGUAAUCUUCAAGGAACCUCUUUCUCUUUUCUCCUGUGGUUAACAAUGAUUUAUAUCUUACAAGUAUUUAUUUGGCAGACUCUAUCAUCCAAAGUGGUUUAAGAAUAGGCAGAGUACAAACAAAGUACAGAGCUGAGCACUGUGAAGUGUCUUGGUCAGCGGUCCAACAGUGUUUCGGUGGAAUUCUGGGAAUUCAAACUCUCAAACUUUUGGCCACUAGCACAGAGCCACCACUUUCCACUGUCGCUGUUAAAUGUGCAUUUGUUUGUUGGAAGAAAGAAAGUCUUUGGACAGUAUGGACAAUAUAGAUUUUGAAAAAUCUUUAUUGUAAGAACUGUGAAUGUUAACUUCCUUUAGUAAUGACGUCGUUUUUCAAAUGGUUUAGACCAAAUAUAUUUUGUAUUCCAGUCAAAUGUAUUUAUUAUUGUGGUUAGCAGCAGAUCUUUAUAUAUAUAUAUCAAGAACUGUCAAGUGAAUUGCUUCUGUCUACAUGUGUCUGAUCAUUUUAAUGACGCUUUAAGUGACACUUUACUUUAAAAUAUCUGACACGGUAACUAAAGACAUGAAGCUGAGUUCUUAUCCACACCAUCACCAUUUCAAUGAAAUAGUUGUAGCUUGUUUAUUAUAUACUUUUAUAUAUAAUAAUUAUCUAUGAUAAUAUGUUAUACCGUUAUUUCUUCCUUUUUUCAUUUAAAAAAAUAAGUCUGAUCAAGGAAGCAUUCAUGUGGGGCUUUAGUUACCGAGUUUGGCUGUUUUAGGGUGAAAUAUCACUUGAAGUAGCUUGAAGCUGUUUAUUUAUUCUGUUCCUUGAGGCCUGUAGUGAGAUUAUGGCAGCAACAUUUUUUUAUACAGUUUUCUAGCAUGUGUUUGUCUAAUGUGGAAAAAGCACCUUAACAGCAACUUUGCUUAGUUUCUUGGUCAGAAAACCUGACUGAGUGAUUUAAGUAGAGAACUAGGAGAAGAGCUAGAAAUUCAUUUAAUCAGAUAUGCAUAAUAAUCUAAACUGAAAAAGUUCCUGAAAAGCAUCUUCUUGCUGCACCAUGCCUUAUUGUGCUAAGCUGAUUCCCAUCAAGAAAAAGCUUAAUUUUUUUUUUU